AUGGCAUCAGUUCCACGUAAUUUUAGAUUAUUAGAAGAAUUAGAAAAAGCAGAAAAGCAAGGUGGUGAUGGUACAGUAAGUUAUGGUCUCGAACACCCAGAUGACACUUAUUUAAGUGAAUGGAUUGGUAGUAUUAUUGGUCCAAGAGAUACUGCUUUUAGUGAAAGAUUUUAUAGUUUAAAACUUCGUUGUGAUGAAAAUUACCCACAAAAAGCCCCAACUGUUAAAUUUAGUACUAAAGUCAAUAUGACAUGCGUUAAUCAACAAAAUGGUGUUGUCGAACCAAGAUUAUUCCCAUUAUUAGGCAAUUGGAACUCAAAUACUAAAAUUGAAGAUAUUUUAACAGCCCUCAGAAAAGAAAUGACAACAGGUUCAAAUAAAAAAUUACCACAACCAGCAGAAAAUACUGAAUAUUAA